GCAGCCCGGAAGAAGGAAGCAGUGAGUAAAAAGAGCGCCUUGAUCAAAAGUGGAGACGUUAGCAGAAGGUUCCUCCUCCUCCUCUUCGUCACCAUGAGUUUCUUCUCCGGCCCGUCCGGUCCUCCCGGCUGCACCAGUAUCCAGGAGCAGAGAGAGCGCUGGGAGAGGAAACGCAGCCGGACGGCUAAAGAGCUGGUUCAGACCGAGCAGAGAUACUGUCAGCAGCUGGAGCUCAUCAACACAUACUUUGUGGAGCUCUUAAAGGCCAAAGGGACCCUGAAGCCAGACGUUCGAAAAAACAUCUUCAGUUCAAUUAAAGACAUCCAUUCAGUGAAUCA